ACCAACUGUCUUUAGGCCUGACUUUUUAACCAAUUACCACCGUCAUCAGUGCCGUCAUAACAUUUGACCAUAACCCUAGUUUCAUUUAAACAAUUAUUUUGACUCAGCAAAAUUCCUAGAAAUUUUGCUUUUACGUGUUUUUUGUGAGCUCUGACUACUAAGUGAACCCUGAGGAGAAAAAUGGCCCUCGUCAUGAAGAGUGUCUUUGCAAGACAUAUUUCUGCAUCCCUUCGUGCUGCUGUGGUGAUUAACCGCAGCUCAGUUGCCCACUUUUCCAUUAAUGCUGCUGGGAAAAAAGGAAGCCAGACAGCACCUGAGGAGGAGAUCAAGAAGUCUGUCUUCAUAUCACAGUCUAAAGAUGUCUUCAGUAAUCUGGCUCUGGAGGACUGGAUGUACCGCAACAUGGACUUCUCCAAACAUCACAUUUUGAUGCUCUGGCAGAACUCUCCCACUGUUGUUGUUGGUCGACAUCAAAACCCUUGGCUAGAAGCUAACCCCCAAGUGCUUUCGGAGAAUGGAGUUGAAGUGGCCAGACGCAACUCUGGUGGUGGAACUGUUUACCAUGACAGUGGUAACCUAAAUUUAACUUUUUUCACUGCUCGUGAUGUCUACAAUAGACGUCGCAAUUUAGAUCUUGUGACUAGAGCUCUGUUCAGAGAGUUCAACCUAUGCUCUCAGGUCAAUGCUCGAGAAGAUAUUGUCAUCAAUGGAAAUAAGAUUUCAGGCACUGCUUCAAAACUUGGCAGCCCCAAUGCAUAUCACCAUUGCACUAUUCUAGUCAACGUAGACAAGACUGUACUCCAUGAUGCCCUUUGCAAACACGAUAAGGGGAUUACAACCAAUGCUACUGCUAGUGUACCAUCCCCCACUGUAAAUCUACAGGAUGUAAAUCCUAAUGUGACUGUGGAAAAGCUACUUAGUGCCCUGGGAUGGGAGUUCCUUCGCUCAUCUCCUUUAAGCCUUAAAGAUGGAGGUUUGGAUUAUGCAUCUCAACAGGGUGGCUUCCAACUUGUAAAUCCAACUGAAGAUUGGUUCCCAGGACUUGAGGAGAUUCGUGAGGAGUUUGUCAGUUGGGCUUGGCGUUAUGGAAAAACUCCUAAGUUCACUGUAUCUCGAUCUUUCCCUGUACCUGACAUGAUUGCUCGUCAGUCUGGGGUGCCUCUGAAGGACAUAAAAGAAGACCUCGCUAUCUCUUUUGAGGUUGUGAAAGGUGUAAUUGAAGACGUCACUCUGAAAAUUCCCCCUAGCAUGAUGUCUGCCAAAGGUUUUUCAGGAGACGCUGAGGUCCUAACUUCUCUUCGUGGAAAACGGUUUUGUGAAUCAGCUAUGGAAAUUCUUGGAGAAUCCCUUGGCCAAUCUGAAUCUCAGCACUCAUGUGCUGAGCAGUUGGGCACAUCUGUGGAAACUGAAGGAGAGAGAUUUGUUGCAGACUGUAUGCGCCAGACUAUGAUGGCUGUUUGACGGGGCGCACCCCGGCUUCUCGUGAAGAAUUCAGAAAAACAACCAAACUGAAGAUGCCGGGGGUAGAGUACCUGUUAUAAAGAAUAGCAAGCUAUUCUUUAGAAAAUGUACCAUAAUAGAUUUUUCCAUUCUCUUCUCUGCGUGCAAAGCAGUCUUGCAUGGAAAAAUGUAUUUUGUUACUCAGAUGCUCACUCAAUACAGAGUGAAGUAGAGUUGAGGCCUGAUAGUCAUAUUGACCAAAAUAAUAAUAAGUCUUCCAAAGUGUAUUGUGAUAAUUUUUUUUCUUGUUGAUGUUUGUCUCUACUCUACUUGAUUCUGACAUGUUUUCGUUGUUAUGUACUAAACUUAUUUUUAUCAAUGUGUAUAUUCUUCUGUUUUAGUGUAAGUUUUAAAACACAAAUGUCACCAUUGUUGCUUUUCAAAGAACAUUCUUAAAUAAUACUGGUCUGGUUUACUUGCCAAUCACUGCCAUGAGCUUGUUUACGUAACCAGAUAGACAGGAAAAUUUUUCUUUUCAGCUCUGAAAAAUUUGUAAGAAAUGUGUCAUAGUUUGUUUUUAUUGCGUUCUAUGUAAUUAAUUGCUAGUCGCACAAUUUCCUAUUUAACUUACACAGUAUGUUUUUUGUGAGGGUUUACUUUUAAAAUUAAAAUACGAUAUCUGUUAAAGAAUGGAAUAUAAAACAAGAAACUGACAA